AUGAUCUUCCCGCCAUGGGUCUUGCUUGCCCCCCUGAUGGCUGUAUUACUCCCGGAGAAGAGCUUCGCAACACCUAUCUUGGCUUCGAAUAAUGACCUCCACAACACGACCGCCCGCUCUGUGAUCCAACCCCGCGAGGACUGGAACAAGGUCGCUGCGGAAAUCCGGGGCGACAACGCACUCAUCCAGAAGCUCAACACGAUUGGGGCUGAUUGUGACGAUAAUCUCUCAAUACUGGGUGUUGAAAAAGCCAAGCAACAGCUGGUUGCAAAAAAAAUACCCUGA